CAGCAGCACCAGCACCCGGCGCGGCGGCUGCGGAGAUCGGAGGCGGCUCCAGCCCAGGAUACCUUCACCGGGGUGUAAAGCUGCUCCCGAGGCCGAGCUCCCAAAGGCUUUACCUGCGCUCCUGAUGCCGCCGUGGGAAGCUGCUAUUUGUUCCACGCUGAGAGAUGUCGGCUGUGAGCUGGAGGAGAGUGAUGUCUGCUCCAUUCAAGUUGAGAAGGAGCCCCCGCAUCUCCAGGAGGGACCGGCAGCCGGGGUUCCGCACUUGCCUGGGGCACAAGAAGCCACUCGGCACAAGCAGGGGGAUGCCCCUUGUGAGCGCGCAGUGAGUGAAGAUGUGGAGAGUGGAUUCUGCAGCAGGGAUGGGAGUGUGAGGGAGCCCCUGGCUGCCCAGGGCACAUCAGCAACCGGCAACGAACACAAAAGGGACCUCAGAAGAUUCCUGGGUGAACGGCUCAGGCGCCAUCCCGAGGGCACGGCGCUGCUGAUCCUGCUGCUGCUGCUGCUGCUGGCUCUGCUGGUGGCCUUGGCUGUGCUGGCAGCACCGCAGGCUCCAGUGACAGCUGCCACUCCACAGUGUGUUCUGGGCUGUCCCUUUGACUGGGUUGGGCACAAGGGGGUCUGCUACUACUUCUCAAGAGAUUACGGCACCUGGGAGCAGGGUCAGGAACGCUGCUCCGAGCUCAACGCCUCCCUGGCCAUUGCCAAGGAUGAGGGGGCCAUGGAUUUGCUCUUCCGCCUCCGCGGGAACGGCGAUUACUGGCUCGGGCUGCGCAGACGGGGCCAGCGCCUGCACUGGGGGGACGGCAGCAGCUACAGCUCCCGGGUUCCUGUCCUCGGUAAUUCCGACUGCGUGUUCCUGGCUGAGAAGAAAUUCAGGAGUGUGAUGUGCUCAAAUCCGCAGCCGUAUGUCUGCAGCAAGGCCCAAGCUCCCCUGUGACGGGGGCUGCAGAAAGGACCUUCUCCACGCUGGGCAGUGCCAGCUUCCCCUCUCAGCCCAGCCCAGGGCUGUCCUUCCUCAGCUGCACCCUGUGCCUUGCACUGCCUCUCAGGGUCACCUCAGUGCCUGUCCAUCCCCAGAGCCAGCGCUGGGCUGGGGCUGCAAAGGAAACGUCUCUGCAAUCCAUCCUGCCACCCAUGCUGCCUGCAGGGAGUGCAGUGCCCUCAUGGCACAACAAGCUGAGAUGGGAAAUCCAAAUCGCCCUGGCCUCUUGGAAAUCAUCACAAACUGGCCUGAGUGUGACACUUUUGCACUUUUCUUGAAGAGGAAGAGGAGCAGCUGACACGUGCUGAGCAGGAGUCCCACUUCUGGCAUCAGGCACCUGCCUGUGAAGAAGGCUCUGUCAGCUGCUGGCUCUGUCUUUCUCUCUCUCAGCUUUGGAGGAGGACGGUCAGAGCGGCUGCUUGGGGCAGGGAAUUCGCUGUGGACUGCAUUUGUGUUCUGUUUGGGGUUAAUGCUCUGCUUGGUGGUGCUUGUUUGCUUUGUUUGUUU